UGUCCCUUCAGUUGUGUAGGAAGUCACCCAGAAGUGAAGGGCUUGAGCCUCUGCCUCUUUUCUGUCUUUCUGGUCUCUGGCCAUCUCUUGUUGACGCCUAAAUCUUUGUUCAAAGAAGCGUAUUUACUGAUCCUCACUUCUAGAUCUAUUCACUACAAGCCCUGAUUUCACAAAUCCAAGAUCUAUUUAAAAUAAAAACUACUUGUCGGAAAUUAAAUUUACGAUAGGUCUCGCUUCAGGUUUUGAGUGAUUAUGCUUAUUUUUCUUCAGAUCUGGGGUUUAUAGUAUUAGCUGCUGCGUUGCUUUCUGAAUCCGUGUGUUGGAAAUGUCAAUUAUACCUAAGGGCGACUCUAUUCAAAUCCGGGAGGUGUGGAAUGAUAACCUUGAGGAGGAAUUCGCUUUGAUUCGUGAAAUUGUUGAUCAAUUCAAUUAUGUAGCUAUGGAUACUGAGUUCCCAGGUGUGGUUUUGCGCCCCGUGGGGAAUUUUAAGAACAUCAACGAUUAUAACUAUCAGACUUUGAAAGAUAACGUUGAUAUGUUGAAGUUGAUCCAACUGGGUCUCACGUUCUCUGACGAGAAGGGGAAUUUGCCCUCUUGUGGGACGGACAAGUCUUGCAUUUGGCAGUUCAAUUUCCGUGAGUUCAAUAUCAGUGAGGACAUCUUUGCUAGUGAUUCUAUUGAGCUGUUGCGCCAAUGUGGAAUUGAUUUUAAGAAGAAUAAUGAGAAGGGUAUUGAUGUAAACCGGUUUGGCGAGCUUCUGAUGUCGUCCGGGAUUGUUUUGAAUGACGGCGUGCAUUGGGUUACAUUUCAUAGCGGGUAUGAUUUUGGGUACUUGCUUAAGCUUUUGACUUGCAGGAGUUUGCCUGAUACACAAGCAGGAUUCUUUGACUUGAUCAAUAUGUACUUCCCCAUGGUGUAUGAUAUCAAGCAUUUAAUGAAGUUUUGCAAUAGCCUUCACGGUGGGUUGAACAAGCUUGCAGAGUUGUUGGAGGUGGAAAGAGUUGGUGUCUGCCAUCAAGCAGGCUCUGAUAGCUUGCUCACGUCUUGCACAUUCAGGAAAUUGAGAGAUAACUUCUUCAGCGGCUCCACAGAGAAGUACGCAGGUGUUCUGUACGGUCUUGGUGUCGAGAAUGGACAAAAUACUAAUUGAAAAGAAAUAAUUGGGAAAAUGAUUGAUGAAUAUUUGUAGACUACCUGAGUGUGAGGCUUUCAAUUCUCUUGUAUACUUUGCCAAAAAUAUUGUUGUUCUAGUGGUGACUUUCAUUUGCUUAUUUGUGACUGAAACCUUGACUGGUUUUGUAGCUUGUUAUCCUUGUACAUUGUUGAAGUUAGUGUUUCAAUAAUAAUUUUAGCUCUUGGCAAUUUA